AUGCACGAUCUUGUGCCAUCGAUCGUAAAUCCCGCGCCAGCAUCAGCGACCGAAAUCUCCGAACUUCUACCAUCAGCGUCCUCCUAUCUCGCUCGACCAGGAUGCCAGAUCUGGGUGACAGUGCAUCAACGAUUCACCGACGAUGGUCGUUCCACCGAUCACAGGAUCUUCCACGUGUCGCUUACUGCCUUUUUCAAGGAUACCUGGGAAACCCCUCUUCGAUCCGGAGAUGAGCACCAGAUCGUGGCAUCGCCCGAUACUGGGACACCACGCUUUCCGAGUCGGAGAUUGAUUCUCUGGAGCGCGGAACGCAGCGAGAGACGUGCGUUCAGUGUUGAUCGACGCAUCAAAGACUCCGCCCUGGCCGGUAGUCUCGCGAGAGUCUUGCUGCCCAAUCUAUAUCAUCUCGGAGAUAUGACUGAAGUGCACGUACCUGUGCGAGCACGCGUGCGACCAUCAAACCGAAUCAUUGACCGCAAAAACUCCCACUCCCUCGAAGGCACCAUGCACUUCUCCACCCGCUUCCUGGCCCUCGGCGCCCUCGCGACCCUUCUCUGCUCAACUCAAGUCCUCGCAGGAGGCCACUGCGUCGAGAGCUUCUGCGCCCCGGCGACCAAAUACGACGAUUGCAAUUGCGGUGGCUACGACCCCAACUUGAAGCAGUUCGUAAAUGAACCGGGUUCAUGCGGAGACGAUGGGGGUCGCUAG